AUGCCGACACGAAUACCCAAAUUUACACAUCUCACUUCAGUCAAAUCUGUACAAGCUCGUAUACCAAUCAGGACCCCAGCUAUACUGGCAUCUCAACCAACAAGUUCAACAUCACUCUACCCAAUCUCCCAGAGAAACUCAUUCAGACCUGUACAGCUCCGACAGAUACAUACUACUCUUCCAUCCACAUAUUCAAGCAAGGAUACUCCCCCUAGAUCCAAUCCCCAAAAUCCCAAAUCCAACAACAGUCAUGCUCCGAUAGAAGGAGCUACCGACCUCUCUCACGCACACUUCAUAUCCUCCGCGUCACCUUCAUCAGAUUUCAAUCCCUCUCAAACACCCACAGCAGGUCAAGAUCCAACAUCGUCUACCACCGAGGAUGUUAAUCUGAACUUAUCUUCAACCUCUUCUCCUCCGGCUCCCACAAAUGGACAAGAACUGAAAGAAUGGCAAGGUAAAUUAUCGCCUACUUCCUCACACCUAUUCAAACUUCUAAUCCCCCUUCCAACCACCUCGGGUCCUAGACAGACGGCAUUCUUAAUACAUCCUUCACAACCACUCUCUCACCUCAGUCGACUGAUUAUCGGAUCGUUACCUGGAAAAUAUGUAAAUUCCGAAAUUACCUAUUUGUCAGUAACGGGGGAAGCUAAGGAUUUAGAUAGUCAUUUAAGAAAUGCAGCUUCGGAAGAACAGAGAGAAAGACAGGACGGUGGACCAUAUUUGGAUCAAAGGCAGAGUGAUGGAGAUAAAUUCCAAGAAGUAUCUUGGUCACAAUCGACGGAUCUAAGUGAUUUCAUCAAACAAUCGUGUCUGAAUGAGAAAUUCAAAAUUGUCAUUUCACCUGCUACCUCACACUCAUUCAACGAAUCGAACAAUCCCGUAGAAAGGGAAUCAAAAGAAGAAGGACAAGGACAGGGCGAAUUGGUAUUGGAAGUGAUCAUUCCUUCUUUCUCUAGUCGAACACAUUAUAUACGAAGAAGGUUAUUAAGUUUGACAAAAGAAUUGGAUAGGAUGACUAAACAGAAGAAAGAUAUCGAUUAUAAAGCUCAUAAGGGUGCUCAGAGAUUGGCAGUAGCUGCUUUAGGAGGUGGAGUGGUAUAUUGGGCAGCGGUUAUACGGUGGACCUUUUUCACUGAUGCAGGAUGGGAUUUAAUGGAGCCUGUAACUUGGGCGACCGGUUUUGCAGCUCUUUUGGGCUCAGCGGCGUUCUUGAUUUAUCAUAAUAGGGAGGUAUCAUAUUCAUCCUUAUUGGAUCUUUCGAUAACAGCCAGACAGAGGAAGUUGUACGAUCAAGCAGGCCUGGAUAUAGACAAGUGGACAGAGAUGGUUUCGGAAGCCAAGACACUUCGAAGGGAGAUCACACGUAUAGCCUCAGAUUACGAUAUCGAAUGGAAAGGUGAACUGGAAUCUGAAAAUGUGAAUAAGACGGAAAAAGCCACCAAGACAAUAAGAGACAAGAGAGAAAAGGCAUCAAACGACAGUCCCACUUCGACGACCACCUCUACGGAGAAUGAACAGACCGAAGAGGAAGAGGAGAAGCAGGAAAAGAUAGAUAUAGAUGCUACUAUCCAGGAAGCAUCCGAGUUGGCCGAACAAUCAGAAGAGAAAAGAAGUAAAGAACAAUCUGCUCAGAGAAAAGGUAAAGUCAUUGAUACGCCGGAGAACAAAAAGGAUAGAGGGACAAAUGCGAGAAAAGGUGGAGAGGGAAAGAGUGAUAGUGAGAUUGUAGGUGAGAAAAAAGCGAAGCAGGUUAUUGAUGGAUAA